UGUCAACUGUCUCAAAUCCAGACGACAACCUUCAAACCACCACCGGAACGAACACCACAAGAGCGGGCUCUUCACAGGACGUCUUCAAUUUCCCAAUGCAUACAUCUAUUUAGAAAUCUCCCCUCUCUCAUCGUUGUCUCUGCUUCUUCAUCUCGUCUCCGUCUUUCUACCCUCGAACCUCAUGGCGUCGAGGUCAGGUCAGCCGUCCUGGAAACGGACAGCUCUCUUGGGUCUCGUGUCCCUCGGCUGCCUUCUCCAACCAGCGGCCGCCGUCAAGGAAUCCGACUUCAAAAAGUGCGAUCACUCCGGCUUCUGCAAUCGCAACAGAAAGUACGCCGAUAAUGCCAUCUCUCAAGGCUCCUCGUUCAUCUCCCCCUACGAAAUAAUCCCAGAAUCCGCCUCCUUCCGCGAUGGGCAGCUUGAAGCCGUCAUACUGAAGACCAUCAACGACCAGGAGGAGACCGUCCGCCUUCCCAUCACCGUCUCCUUCCUCGAAUCUGGCACGGCGCGCGUUACAGUCGACGAAGAAAGACGGCAGAAGAAGGACAUCGAGCUCCGCCACAACAGCCGGGCAAGAAAAGAGCGCUACAACGAAGUCGAAAAGCUGGCCAUUGUCGGCGGCCUGACGCUCGACAGCAACGCCCGGCUCGCCCACCAGGACAAGUCCCACAUCACCGUCAAGUACGGCCCUUCGUCUUCCUUCGAGGCGGUGAUCAAGCUGUCGCCCUUUGGGAUCGAAUUCAAGCGAGACGGCGCCACCCAUGUCAAGCUGAACGACCGUGGCUUGCUCAAUGUGGAGCACUGGCGACCGAAAGUCGAACCGGCGGCCCCCGUGCACCCCCCUCCGGACGGCGAUGACCAGCAGCAGCCCCUCGACGCCGAACCGCCGCCUGUAGAGACGCGCGAGGACGAAACGUCGUGGUGGGACGAGUUCUUUGGUGGCAACACGGACACCAAGCCGCGGGGUCCCGAGAGCGUGGCCCUGGACAUCUCCUUCGUCGGCUACGAACAUGUGUACGGCAUUCCCGAGCACGCCAGCUCGCUGUCCCUGAAGGAAACGCGUGGUGGGGAAGGCCAGUAUACGGAUCCCUACCGCCUGUACAAUGCGGACGUCUUCGAGUACGUCCUCGACAGUCCCAUGACACUGUACGGGUCUAUCCCUUUCAUGCAGGCGCACAAGAAGAAUUCCUCCGUCGGCGUCUUCUGGCUGAACGCCGCCGAGACGUGGGUAGACAUCACGAAAGCCAAGGCUAGUUCCAACCCGUUGGCCAUCGGUUCCAAGACGACGACCAACACCCACUGGAUGUCCGAGAGUGGUCUCCUCGACGUCUUCGUCUUCCUCGGGCCGACGCCUCACGAGAUCACCAAGGACUACAGCCAACUCACGGGCACGACGACCAUGCCCCAGGAGUUCGCCAUUGGUUACCACCAGUGCCGCUGGAAUUACAUCUCCGACGACGACGUGAAAGACGUCGAUCGCCGGAUGGACCGUUACCAGAUCCCUUACGACGUUAUCUGGCUGGAUCUCGAGUACACCGACGACCGCAAGUUUUUCACCUGGGACGCGCACAUGUUCAAGGACCCCAUCGCCAUGGGCGAGAAGCUACAGGAGAGCAAACGCCAGCUGGUCGUCCUCAUCGACCCUCACAUCAAGAAUAAGGAGGGCUACAGCGUCUUCACGGAACUCAAGGCGAACGAACUCGCCGUCCGUAACAAGGACGACAACAUGUACGACGGCUGGUGCUGGCCCGGUUCGUCCCACUGGGUCGACUGCUUCAACCCCAAGGCCAUUGAAUGGUGGGCGACGUUGUUCAAGUAUGACAAGUUCCAGGGUACCCUCGAGAACACGUUCAUCUGGAACGACAUGAACGAACCGUCCGUGUUUAACGGGCCCGAGGUGACGAUGCCCAAGGACAAUCUCCAUUUCGGCGGCUGGGAGCAUCGCGACGUGCACAACGUCAACGGCAUGACCUUCCACAACGCAACCUUCCAGGCGCUUCUCAGCCGUAAAGCGAACGAGCUCCGGCGGCCGUUUGUCCUGACUCGUUCCUUCUACGCCGGCUCGCAGCGGUUUGGCGCCAUGUGGACGGGCGACAACCAGGCCGACUGGGGCCAUCUGGCGGCCUCCCUGCCCAUGAUUCUCAACCAGGGCAUCGCCGGCUUCCCCUUUGGAGGCUCCGACGUCGGCGGCUUCUUCGGAAACCCGGAGGCGGAGCUGCUCACGCGCUGGUACCAGGCGGGCGCCUUCUUCCCCUUCUUCCGCGCCCACGCCCACAUCGACGCGCGCCGGCGCGAGCCGUACCUGCUGAGCGAGCCGUACCGCGGCAUCGUCACGGCGGCGGUGCGCCUGCGCUACAGCCUGCUCCCGGCGUGGUACACGGCCUUCUUCCACGCGCACCGGGACGGCAGCCCGAUCGUGCGGCCCAUGUUCUGGACGCACCCGUCGGAAGAAGCCGGCUUCGCCGUCGACGACCAGCUGUUCCUGGGCUCGACGGGCCUCCUCCACAAGCCGGUCGUCGAGAAGGACACGGAGUCGGUGGACAUGUUCAUCCCCGACGACGAGGUCUACUACGACUACUUCACGUACCGGCUGCUCCCCACGGCGAAGGGCAAGCGCGUCACCGUGGCGGCGCCGCUGGACAGGACGGGACUGCUCAUGCGCGGCGGGCACAUCGUGCCGCGCCGCGACACGCCCCGCCGGUCGGCGCAGCUGAUGCGGUUCGACGACUACACGCUCGUGGUGGCGGUCAACAAGGCCGGCACGGCCGAGGGCGAGCUCUACGUCGACGACGGCGACUCGUACGACUACGAGGGCGGGCAGUUCAUCCACCGCGCGUUCCGGCUCGACACGGCCAACGGCGGCAGCAUCACCUCCGUGGACGCCCAGGGCCGGGAUACGAAGGCCAUCCAGCCGGGCGCCUGGCUGAAGGCGAUGGAUGCGGUGCACGUCGACAAGGUCAUCGUGGUCGGUGCUCCUGCGGCGGCGUGGAAGAACAAGGCGGAGGUGACGGUGCAGUCUGGGGCGGAGACUUGGACGGCGCCUGUCAAGUACUAUGCUGCGGAGCAGGGACGGGCGGCGUUUGCGGUGAUUGGCCGUGUCGGGGCGCGCAUUGGGGAGGACUGGACUGUGAAGCUUGCGUAAAGUGAGGCCCCGUUUCCAAAAUUGUCGGCAAGCUGGUGUCCGACGAUUUAAGCGGGGAUACCUCGGGGGUUGUCGUUAUGCUUCGCUACGGAUAUGUGUGUGUUGGGUGCGGUCUUUCGCGCGGAGGUUGUAAGGCGUUGGGAACGAGAGCAUAUGGUGAGGUACUACAGAUAGCAUGGACAGCUGCAUAGAAGGAAGACAGUCCAUCCGACAGAAACGAAGAUUAGGUAUGCUUCGGGCGAGUAGACAAGGCACUAGACAAAGAAAUCAAGGUCAAGAUCCGAAGCAAGUGUGUCGCACAACCCGGAGACGAGGGAUUCGAGGGCAACCGGUCUGGAACGUCCAUCGGUUUCUCGAUCGAGCAUCGGCCCGAGCCGGUAUGACUGUCACUGAAUUGACGAGGUUCCGUU